AUGAGGAAGUUGAGUGCUCUGCCACCAGAGAUGUUACUGGAGAUUUUAAGUAGGUUACCAACUGAAUCAGUAUUAGAAUGUAAAUUGGUAUGCAAACCGUGGAGAAUUCUUGUAUACCAUCCAUCAUUUUCUCAAAUACACUUAUCUCAUCUCGCUGAUCAUGGUAAGUUCACUUUUCUCAUACUGUGUUAUCAAUUAAAUGAGGAAAAACGUCAAACAUUUUACAACCAUGAGUAUAAUGAGAAUCAUCAUGAGAAGUAUAAACCCUUGCAUAGAAUUACAAGAUUCAACAUAAACCCUCCAUUCAAGAGAUAUACUAUUAUUGGUUCAUACAAUGGUUUGAUUUGCCUUAGUGCUAGUUAUGACCGUGCACCAUCUGUUUAUCAACCUGCUUAUAUCUGUAAUCCCAUUACGAAAGAGUAUAUUAUACUUCCGGAGUUUAAUAGGGUUAGGUAUCCUACAGCUUAUUAUAAUCACGGAGGAUUCGGUUAUCUUUGUGAAACCAAUGAGUACAAGGUUCUUAGAAUCGUUCAGUUGUGGGGAAAAUCCAACCCUGAAUGUGUGGAUGUGUACACUCUUGGUAGUAGCAAUGGAUGGCGAAACGUAGGAGAAUUACCUAGUUAUGUGUGUAAUUUUAUUAAUCAUGGUGUCUUUUUAAGCGGAACUCUUUAUUGGAUUACAUCGACAGGGAAGAUAGUGGCCUUCAAUAUGGCUGAUGAAAGGUUUUAUGAGCUUCAGACACUGCCUUCUCAUAAGAGUUGUUCCUUUGGAAUUAGGGUUUUGGGUGGAUAUUUAUGGUGUUCUGCCCGCAAUAUACUCACAAAAAUGACUUAUGUUUGGGUAUUAAAGAAACGGGGAAAGAAGGGAAACCAGAACGUAAUGGAGCACGAGGAACACGUGUCAUGGACUUAG